AUGUCCGCCCCUCCAGUAUCGCCCGGAGGCGAACUGACCCUUCAACGUCCGAAGACUAUAGUAUCCUUCUGCGAUCCCGAAUCCAUUGUGACCUUUCUCAUCGGUCCAAUCGACAAGCCCGCCAGAUUCCUUAUUCACAAGGAGGUGGUCUGCAAGAGCUCUAAGGUCUUCGCGGCGGCUCUAUCCAACUGCAACUUCAUCGAAGGCCAAACCCAGACGUACCGACUGGACGAUACCACCGCACGAGCUUUCCGAAUGCUUAUGCAAUGGAUGUACGCCCAUGAGCUUAUCCUUCUGGAGACAGGCCGUGAGCAGAUAGUGAAGCAGAACCUCGCCUUGGUAGAGACGUGGAUCUUGGCCGACAAGUUCGACCUUCCUGCCCUACAAAACUACAUCAUUGAAGCCAUCUACAGCCAGCUUUCGGGCCCUUCCUUUCAUCUCCCGAUAUACACAUCCAGACUCGUCUACGGCCAAACGGCUUCCGGAAGCCCUCUCCGAAAACUUAUGGUCAGCUUGGCCGUCGGGUACAUGGAAGCGGGGCUCCUGUAUGAAGUCAGGGAAUUUCUGCCGUAUGAUUUUCUACUUGAUAUUACCGCGAGCUUUAUCGAAGGACGAGGAUCUCGGCGAACGGAGAGAAUUCCCUCUUCGACUUUCUACGUCAAGGUCGAGGAUGCGUGA